AUGGAUGGGGAAUUAAAUGUAACAUAUAUAACUCUAGGCAGCCAUGUGGAAUUGUACAAAUACAAAUAUCUUCAUUUCAUCAUGUUUACAGUGUAUUUUGUAAUAAUCUGCUGUAAUUCUAUGAUUGUGUGUCUGAUCUGCAUUCACAAAAACCUCCAUGAGCCAAUGUACAUUUUCAUUGCAGCUCUGUUAUUCAAUUCAGUUCUUUUUAGUUCUGUUCUCUACCCAAAGCUUUUAAUUGAUUUUGUUUCUGAAAAACAGAUCAUUUCAUAUUCAGGCUGUUGGUCUCAGUUUUUUCUGUUUUACUCUAUAGGAUGUUCAGAAAUUUUCCUCUUAGCAGCCAUGGCUUAUGACAGGUAUGUGUCUAUAUGUAAACCUCUGCAAUAUCACACCAUCGUGACAAAAACAAACAUCAUUAUCGCUCUGUUUGUAGCUUGGUUUGUGCCAGCAUGUCAUAUGGCAGCAGAAGCUUUCAUGUUGUUGAUCUUUGCAAUUUUCCCCGUGUUAUUCAUACUUUUUACAUAUGCAAGGAUUCUUUACCAAAGUAGUGCAGACGUGAGGAAAAAAGCUGCAGAGACCUGUUUACCCCACCUGCUGGUUUUAAUCAGCUUUUUAUGUUUGACUAUAUAUGAUGUCAUUGUUGUUCGAGUGGAAUCAAAUAUUCCAAAAACUGUUCGUUUAAUAAUGACUUUACAAGUUAUUGUGUAUCAUCCUCUCUUUAAUCCACUGAUAUAUGGACUCAAAAUGAAAGAAAUUUCAAAACAGUUUGAGUUGUUCUGA